GCAGUAAUUUUUCUUGUUAAUCAUAUUACCUGCUAAACUGGUCCAAUAUUCAGGUACCCUUUCUAGUUCUAAUAGAUCUGAAAAUGCUGAGUUUUAUCAGUGAUUUUUCUUAAUUAUAUUACCUGCUAAGCUGUUCUAGUUAUAGGUGUUGAUUAACCGUGCUGUCAUUUAACCUGCUAAGAAUUGUCUCGCUUUUUGCAGUAGUUGCCAUAGGAUCUGCUGGUUCUCGAUUCUCCUAGCAAUAAAGUGAUAGUCCUCAGUCAUCUAUUCUAUACAUUGGUCUCCCCAGGCACCUGUGUUUUAAAUUGCAUCCCCUCUUUCAUGAAGGCCUUAAAAGUACUCAUGGGUAAUGAUCGGAUGAACAAACUGCUUGUUUAAGAAGAUUACUAUUGGUGGUUAUGAGACUCUCAGGCUCCUUGGAAGAUGGUUCGAGUUGUGCUUCAGAUUUGCAUGUCCUUGUAAGCAGAAGCUUGAUGCUCUGUGCACCAAAUUCUAUGGACCUCUUAAUCUCUCAAGUUUAUCUAAAAAGCUUUCAUUAAAGAGAAAAGUGCAGGGAGAAAAAAGAAUUGCACUGACACAUACUGAUCUCCUUCUGUAGUGUUCUGAUCAGUGGGUUACCAAUGCACCUAUAAUCAGGUUUAAUGAGCUCUGUUAUUUGUGGUUCUCCAUUGGUGAUUGGCUGAUAACUUCUGCUAUCCACAUUAUAAAGUGGUUUUAAAAUCAGUUACUUUUCAUCUGCCUAGCUUGGGACGCAGUCUGCUUUAUGUUUGAAGUCUUGAUAGGUUAUCAUCUGAGAAUUCUCUUUCUACAAAUAAAUAAUUAACAUUGAAUCUGUGCAUAAGGCAUUCUCUUGUUAACAGGUCGCUUGGUAUUUUGGUAGAUCUUCCUUAACAAUUUUCUUAUAGGGAGGGACAAAAAAACAAUCGAACAUUGACACAUAUUGAUCUCUUCUGCAGCAUUCUGAUCAGUGACUUAUAAAUUCACCUGCAAUCAGAUACUUACUGCUAUAGCUUUAGCUGAUAUGCUUUCCCACCGAACCAUUCUUGUAAUAGCCAAUGAUUGAAAAGACUUCCUUUCAACGAGUCGCUUGGUAUUUUUGGUGGAUCUUCCUCAACAACUUUCUUUUAUGGCAACCAUAAUUGAUUCUGUGGUUGGAUCAUUUGCUAAAAAGUUGCAAGAUAUCGUUCUUGAGGAAGCCAUUUCAGUUCUGAGGGUGAAAGAUGAUCUCAAAGAACUACAAAGAAUAAUGAACCAUAUACGAUGCUUUCUUCAUGAUGCAGAGCAAAGGAGGAAAGAAGAGUCAGCAGUUAAUAAUUGGCUUGGUGAGCUGAAAGAUGCUAUGUAUGAAGCCGAUGAUAUCAUAGACUUGGCUAGAUUAGAAGGAAAUAAGUUGCUAGCGGACCAUGCGUCAUCAUCAAGAAGGUCUGCUGCAUGUACAAGAUUUCCACUUUUCUCUUGCCUUCCUAAUAUUCAAAGGCGUCAUGAGAUUGCCGUUCGGAUCAGGAAAUUCAACAAUGAACUUGAGAAGAUUUCAAAGCUAGGUCAAAGAUUUUUAAAAAUUCAGAAUGUGCAGCCUAUAGAUGAUGUUUCAGAAACGCUUAGGAUGAAAGCUUGUGAACUGGUGGAGCCUAACCUUGUGGGAAAGGAAACAUUUCUUGCUUGCACAAGAUUGGUGGGACUGAUCCUUGCACAUAAAGAAGAGAAGACAUACAAGAUUGGCAUUGUUGGAACAGGAGGGGUCGGAAAAACGACUUUGGCCCAAAAAAUAUAUAAUCACCCCAAAAUAAAAGGAACUUUUAGCAAACAAGCAUGGAUUUGUGUUUCUCAAGCGUACUCUCAAGACACACUUUUGAAAGAAGUUCUUCGAAACAUUGGGGUAGAUUAUAACCAAGAUGAAACUGUUGGAGAACUCAUCAAAAAGCUUGCAAUAGCUAUUAAAAAUAAAAGUUUCUUUCUUGUGUUGGAUGACGUUUGGAGGCAAGAUGUAUGGACUAAUCUAUUAAGAACUCCGUUAAACACUGCAUCUGCAACAAUAAUUCUGGUGACUACUCGUAAUGAUACAGUCACACGAGCAAUUGGUGCGGAACAUGUGCAUCGAGUUGAAUUGAUGUCUGAUGACAUAGGCUGGGAGCUGCUUUGGAAAAGUAUGAACAUUAAUGAAGAUACCGAAGUGCAAAAUCUAAGAGGUAUAGGGACAGAGAUUGUUCGUAUGUGCAGUGGCCUUCCCCUUGCUAUCAAGGUUAUUGCAAGUGUCCUAGCAACUAAAGAGAAAACUGAGAACCAAUGGAGACAAGUCAUAAACAAAAGUGCUUGGUCCAUGAGCGAACUUCCUAUUGAGCUGAGAGGAGCAUUGUAUUUGAGUUAUGAUGAACUACCAUGGCAUUUGAAGCAAUGCUUCCUCUUCUGUGCCUUAUAUCCAGAAGAUUAUAGCAUGUGUCGUGAUGAUCUUAUAAGGUAUUGGGUUGCCGAAGGGUUUGUACAAGAUCAAGGAGAACAACUUCUUGAGGAUAUAGCUGAUGAAUAUUACCAUGAAUUAAUAUACAGGAAUCUUCUUCAUCCAAAUCCUGAGUAUGCUGACUAUUAUUUUUGUAAAAUGCAUGAUCUUUUGAGGCGGCUAGGUCAAUAUUUGUCGCAAGAUGAAUAUUUUUGUGGAGAUCAACAAUCAUUGGAGGCUAAAUCUUUGUCCAAACUACGACAUGUUUCGAUUGUUACUGACAAAGAUCCUGUAACAUUCCACAAUUUGAGCCAAGAGCAUACAAGAGCACGUACAUUGCUUAUUGGUUUUAACAAGUCAAUAAGAGUGGAAAAUACAAUAUUCAGAAGAUUUUCAUGCAUUCGAGUUUUGGAUUUGAGUGGUACAAUAAUAGAAAAUGUUCCAAAUUGUAUUGGAAAUUUGAUCCAUCUACGACUACUUGAUCUUGAUCGUACUAACAUAUCUUAUCUUCCAGAGUCCAUCGGUUCUCUCAGAUACCUUCAAAUAUUAAACUUGCAGCAGUGUCAUGCUCUACACAUCCUUCCUAUGCCAAUCACUGGAUUAUGUAACUUGAGACGCCUUGGUCUUUCUGGAACACCAAUAAAUCAGGUUCCAAAAGGGAUUGCCCAAUUGAAGUUCCUCAAUGAUCUAGAAGGAUUUCCAGUUGGUUGUGGCAAUGAUGAUAGUGCUACAAUGAAAGAUGGAUGGAACCUAGACGAGUUGGGUCCUCUUUUUCAGCUGUGGAAGCUUAAAAUGAUUAAAUUGGAGAGAGCAUCUCCUUGUGUCACAGAUCCAUUGUUACUAGACAAAAACUUUCUCAAAAAGCUCAGUUUAUGUUGUACUAAACGUACAGAUGAAGCAUAUAGUGAAGAGGAUGUAAUCAAUAUUGAGAGGAUUUUUGAGAAGCUAAUCCCUCCACGGAGCAUUGAAGAUAUUUUUAUUGAAGAUUUCUUUGGUCGGAGGUUUCCCACCUGGCUUGAUACUGCUGCACAUUUUCCAUCUUUGAAGUACUUGAAUCUCAUACGGUGUAAAUCCUGCGUGCAUCUUCCUCCAAUUGGACAGCUCCCCAACUUAAAAUAUCUCAAAGUUGCGGGAGCCACUGCAGUCACCAAGAUUGGACCUGAAUUUAUUGGUUAUGUGGUGGGUAAUCCCAUAUCUGCAGAGGCAGUAGCUUUCCCCAAGCUUGAAGGGUUGGUCAUCGAGGAUAUGCCCAACUGGGAGGAGUGGACCUUUGUUGUUGAAGGAGAAGAAGUGACAACAGCAAGUAAGGAAGCGGGAGAGGAUGGAGUUGCUGCCAAGCAAAAGGGCGGGGAAGCCCUAUCUCCAAGGAUGCAGCUGCUGCCACGUUUGAAGAGGUUGGAACUUGACAGGUGCCCCAGGCUGAGAGCUCUCCCACAGCAGCUUGGACUGGAGGCCACCAGCUUGAAUGUGCUCCAAUUAAGAAAUAUGGAUAGCAUUAAGGUGGUGGAGAACCUCCCUUUCCUCUCUGAGGUGCUCCUAAUUGCUGGAUGUGAAGGCCUAGAGAGGGUCUCGAAUAUUCCCCAAGUGAGAGAGCUGCGUGCACAGAAGUGUCUGAACUUGUGGUGUGUGGAGAGGUUGGACAGCUUGCACCAGCUGUUUCUCACAAAGGAUAUGCAAGAUGUCUCCUCGCAGUGGCUGCCUGGACUCCAAGAGCGGCACCAGCAGCUGCACGGAGAAGACCUGGAUGUCUACAAUUGGACAUGGUGACCUCGUGGCUGGGCUUUCUUCUAAUCCUGGGUACUGAGCAUGGAAGUGACCAAGUGCUUUGCGUCUGCACUGCAUGUAUGCCUUUAUCGAGCUGCGCGGAGCAAGAUACAGAGCCGUUGUAUGCAUGAUAGGAUCACGGGUAUAUACAAGAUAAACUGCAGUAACCAGUGUUUUUUAUGCGUGCAAUUCUGAUCAAGAAAGGCAACAGAGAUCACCUUGCUUUUAGUAUGUGAGUGAACUUUGUAGUGUGAAAGACUUCAUCUCCUUUUUGUUCCAUAUCUCUAUGUUUACUGCUGUUGUUAUGGUGCCAACUGAGAUUGUGUAUGUGCUCCUGCUCUAAACAUUUCUGUAUAACAACUACUGUUGUGUUACGUUUUUGUCGCAUGCCCCUGUUACUGAAAAGAGAGGUGCAUAAUUUGUUGGCUAAUGGCUACUUCAUAUGAUCUGAGCUUUA